UCUAAAUCUUUCUCUAUUGAAGAAAAAUUACUUUGAUCUUUCUUUUUUAUGAAAAUUAUUUGUUUUUCUUUACAAACAAAAUAAAAGUUGCACAAAAAAAUAUUCGUAAUUAAAAGAAAAAGAAAUUUCAAAAAAACAAGAAAAACAUCAUAUUUUUUGACCUUAAAAAAUUUUGCAAAAUAUCUCUUUCGCUUUCGCUAUCUCCUGUUGACGCUUUUUAUAAUACCGUUGAGCCAAAGAAAACAACUAGAACCUUCUCCUCUUCCUGCUCAUCCUUUCUCAUCCUCUCCAUUUCCACAUUUUUUUUAUUUUUAUUUUUGCUAUAUAAUGUUUGCUUCUCUCUCUAGAAUCUGCAGGUUGAGAUCUGCAAUCAGAUGCUUCAAAUAUCUUUGAUUCCAGAUUUGGCGAUUUCAACUGGGUUGGCAAUAGAUUUUAGUGGGGUUUGCUCGUGAAAUUGGAAUUCUUAAUUUGGUUAGAGACCUGGGAUUGAGCAAGUUUGAUUCUUCUCUUUCGUGGUUGGUUCUUCUUUUUCGAGUCCAAGGAAUGUCGCUGUUGCUAAAAGGAGAUUCAAUCCAGAUUCGUGAGGUGUGGAAUAACAAUCUUGAAGAAGAAUUUGCUCUUCUCCGUGAAAUUGUUGAUGAUUAUCCAUACAUAGCUAUGGACACAGAAUUCCCGGGCAUUGUGUUGCGCUCUGUGGGCAAUUUUAAGAAUAGCAAUGACUAUCAUUAUCAAACCUUGAAGGAUAAUGUUGAUAUGUUGAAGUUAAUUCAAUUGGGUCUUACGCUUUCAGACGAGCAAGGGAAUUUACCCACAUUUGGUACUGAUAAGUAUUGCAUUUGGCAGUUCAAUUUUCGAGAAUUCAAUGUGAAUGAGGAUGUUUUUGCAAAUGAUUCAAUUGAACUUUUGCGCCAAAGUGGGAUUGAUUUUAAGAAGAAUAAUGAGAAGGGGAUUGAUGCAAAGAAAUUCGGUGAGCUCUUGAUGUCGUCAGGGAUUGUGUUGAAUGAUAGUGUGCACUGGGUGACUUUCCACAGUGGAUAUGAUUUUGGCUACUUGCUUAAGCUCUUGACAUGCCAGAAUUUGCCUGACACACAAGCUGGAUUCUUUAACUUGAUCAAUAUGUAUUUCCCAACCCUAUAUGAUAUCAAGCAUUUGAUGAAGUUCUGCAAUAGCCUUCACGGAGGAUUGAACAAACUUGCAGAGUUGUUGGAGGUGGAGAGAGUUGGGAUAUGCCAUCAAGCGGGUUCGGAUAGUUUGCUCACAGCUUGUUCAUUCAGGAAACUAAAGGAGAAUUUCUUUAGCGGCUCCUUGGAAAAAUAUGCUGGUGUGUUGUAUGGUUUAGGUGUUGAAAAUGGACAGAAUACUAAUUGAUGAUGAAAAAUUAAAAAAAAAAAUUAUGAUUAGAAAGAUGCUCAUUCAAUUGUAUGUGUGAUGGGCACCCACAAUGUAUGUACACUUUUGUCCUCUUAAGUUUUUUUGUUUAGUGAAUAUUUUCAUGUUUUUUAUUA